CAUUUCUCCUCUUCUACACUCUACAGCCAAGCCAAUCCACUAUCAACCGUAAAUCAUGUUCAAACAAAUCACAUCCAUCAGCAGGAGCGCUCUCCGCCAGAGCAGCAGCAGCAGCAGCAUCAUCCAGCCCCUUCGGCAGACCCCGGCCGCCGCAGCCCUGAACUCGAAGACGCAACGAACCUUCCACUCCAUCCCCGCGCUCCGCACGUCUCAGGGCCAGCGCGAAGAGAUGAAGUCCGGCGACCGGAACGUGCUGGACCCGCAGCCCUCAGAGUUCUCCAAGACCGGCACCGACCAGGAGGUCUCGCAGCACGACGCGGCCUUCGACCCCUCGAAGACCUCGCCGGAGAGCCAGAUCGAGGCGACGCAGGAGGAGACCAACCAGAGCGGCAAAGUCAGCAACCCGUUGAACGUUAGCGGCGCCAACAAGGGCGUCAGCGAGGGGCGCGAUCCCACGGAGGGCGCCCCGGAGCGGAACGCGGACCGGGAGGCGUCGAGCAAGCGGGGCCAAACGAAGAAGGGGAAGGAGGUGAAUGAUUGGAAGAAGAAGUAUUGAUAGAAGAGAGAUCUCUGUCAUACCUACUUUGUGUAUAGAAGCGUGAUAUAAUUGCCAGCCAUCGAAGUGUUUUAGUUCUUGCAGCUGUAUGUGGUAACCAUAGUUGUAUUA